GGCUUCAACGUAUAGCAAAACCAAUGGCCGCCAUUAGACGACGGCACAACAGUUGCCUUUUUCAAAAAAAAAAAACACACACACGCGUACCACGUGGGGUGGUGACGUCAGAGACCGACAACAAGCGAUUGGAAGGCUGAAGCCAGCGAUCCUCGGAGAGACGAGCUGUGUCCGUUGGAGGUUCCUUCUGGCCUUUCACCUGCUGGACACUGGGUCACGUGCUCAGCACCUGGAGUUAGCGCGGGAAGUCGGGUGUAUAAGGUAAAUAAGCAGCUCGCUGGCCGAUUACAUCCAGCUCUCCCUCAUGUUGCUACGAGAGACCAGCGCCGGAGACCGCCUGACCCGAGCGGCUGCCAGGGGAGACCUAUUAGAAGUGAAAAGACUUCUCCAUGAAGAGAGGAUCCACCCCGACUGCCUGAACCGCUUUGGCAAAACUGCCCUGCAGGUCAUGAUGUUUGGCAGCACCCCUGUUGCAUCAGAGCUUUUAAAGCAAGGUGCCUCUCCUAAUAUUCAAGAUUCAUUUGGCACCACCCCUGCUCAUGAUGCAGCCCGUUGUGGGUUCCUGGACACCCUACAAGUUUUGCUUCAGCACGGAGCAGAGGUGAACACACCCGAUGCGUCUGGCUCCCUACCUAUACACCUGGCCCUUAAAGCCGGCCACGUUCCUGUCAUUACCUUCCUUGCCCUUAUCUCUGACCUUGAACAUCGCGAUCGGGAAGGGCACACGCCGUCGCAGUUGGCCGCCAUCUUGGAUCCUCGUCUGGCUUCCAUAUUUGAGCUCAGCACAUAGAGGAAACACCCAACCUUGUCCAAACAUGUUGCCAUGAGAACAAUUUGAUACGGUGCUCAGUUUCUUUUCCUAGUGCAAUGCAGAGUAGUGUGUAGAUACUCAGUAUUAUUGUAUGGUUCAGCAUGUUUAUUACUGACUGCGGAGAGCUGCAAUAGUACCAAUGCUCUAUAUAUGGUCAAGAGUUUAUAAAACUAGGAACAACUGCAGCACCCUUCAAGGCAAGGGGAACAUUUGCUAGUGGUUAAAUGCUGUUGGUUUUUGGGUAAUAACAAUGCAUUAAUGAGCACUUCUUUGUAGGGAUGCACAGAAUCCAUAAUUCGGUUUGGGAUUUGGCCAGGAUUCUGCCUUUUUCGGCAGGAUUCGGAUUUGGCCGAAUCUUUCUGCCCAGCCCAACCGAAUCUGAAUCCUAAUUUGUAUA